AUGCCUGGUACCAAGGGUUGCCAUCUUGCCGGGUUCAUUGGCGCCUUCCCAGCCAUAUGCUCCACAACCGAGAUGCUGAAGCCACCGGUGGGAGGAGCAGUGGACAGCUUGGCACGCGCCAAUGAAGAGCUGGGAAAGUACAUGUACAACGACGUCAAGGUCUGUGGCAAGUGCGGCCGCCCCUGCGCCUGCAAUCAGAAGGCCUGUCAAGGCUGUGGACACAGCUUAGUCGACGUGCCUGUGACGCAGACUGAGAACGUAAUGAUGGGAUUCAUCUUCGGCGUGGAGCGCACUGUGAAGUUCCCUUUGAUGAUUUCAAUCCGCAGGCAAACCGACAACGUCAUCGUUUUCGACGACUUGCUAGCGAUGUCUACCUGCCACCUCAACGCCCUCUUGACGAGCCACUACUGCCAGGACUGGAGAUGGCUGCUGCGGGACCCUGCAAAAGCCCUAGGUCUCCUAAACGAGAUGGAGACAGAGGCCUGGCAGGCCACGCUCUCCUUCUUCUCGGAGGAGAGGUGGCGGAACUUCGUGUACAGAGAAGGCGUGACCAAAGAGAUGGUCAGAGAUAAUAUCAUUUGCGGUUUCAACUCGCCACCCUCGCAGUUUCAGUUGCAUUUGCAGUGGAUUGUGCUACCACUGAUGCCCUUCCACCAGACGAAACUUCUGGACGGACUGCAUGCCCAGCGAGGCAGGUGGUUUCCUCUGGAGUAUGUUAAAAAGAUCCUGGACGAGCUCGUUGCCGAAGGGAAAACGUUCGACAUACGCGCGGACACACCUGUUGACGAAAUCAUCCAGUAUUUCAACAGAAAAGGUGUACUCUACGAGGAAGUCUGGGCAGAGUGCUACCGGAAGUACUGCGCCAGCUAUGCGUUGAGCAACUGGAAGGCCGAGGACUUCAAAUACGUGGUCCUCCAUGGGCAAGUGCAUGAAAUUCAGGAGGUUCUACCGGGACGCCGCGUGCGUGUGGGCAAUAUGCUCCACCUGGAUCCCGUCAACCUCCAUAACGAAGAUAAGAUGUUGCUCCAAAACUACGGCCGCCGUAUAGAGAGUGACGGCAAGCCAUCCGGCACGUUUCUUGGUGGCAAGAUGAAUCUGGCGGGCGCGAAGGGAGUGGAGGUCAACUAUGCAAUCCCGGGCCGCUUGGCCUACAACUUUGAGACGAACACUUCACAUGCUCACGCUCGGAUUGCGACAGUCCAGCCAGCAGAUAUUUAUAGCAAAGGAGCGCACAGCGCCAGCGAAGUAAUUGCGUUUCUGAAGAAACUCAUACAGCGCUUCUUUGGCAGGUGUGUCCACAAGCAGGAACCUGUAAAGAAAUCUCCUGAUGUGGAUCGUAAUGUGCGUGAGUGCGCUGAGAUGAGGCUUGGUGAGCUCGGGACACAGUUAGAGAAGAUCAGGAAGAUUAGCAAGGUUAGCAAGCGGGCGGAGCAUUUGAGUAUUGCGUUGAUCCACGUCAUUGGGAGCCAAGCCCCUGGGGAGACCACCUCCGGUGUGGACCUUUCAGGUUUGGUGUUGGAGGCAGAUGAGAGCCGGUUGAUUGCAGAAUCCCUGGAGGAGCUUGCCGCAUCGUUGAGCAGACUUGACUCAAAGCUGGUGGUUUAUGCUGGUCGCCCAGAAGAGGUGCUUCCGAAACUUCUGCCCUCAGGGUCUCUGCUAGUAUACCAGGCGGAGGACACAUAUGAUGAGCAGCAAGUGGAAGCGGCCAUUGACGCAAGGCUCCAAGCUGAUGUGGAGGUGCAUCGCUGCUUUGGGCAGACCCUCCGACAUCGCGCAGAUUUAGGUUUCGAUGUUGGCGAAUGGUUGCCACUUCCCUUUGGCAAGUUUUACCACGAAACGUGUGCGGCUGUAACUCCGCGCAGGGAGCUCCCAGCACCAGGGCGAGGACAGUUGCCACAGUCGAGAGACGUGAUCAUCGAUGGGCUUGACAUAGUUGAGCCAUCGGCUGGCCCCAUCCUCAAGGCCAUGGGAUUCAGCCCAGGCUUGCUGGAGGAGCCUGCAGCUGGAGACUUCCAGUGGCGUGGCGGGGAAUCGGAGGCCUGGAAACAGCUGGAGUCGUACUACAUCAAGACAGGAUUGGGACGAUACCAGCAGACCCGGAACCAGUUGCACUGCCACUGCAGCAGCCGCCUCUCUCCUUGGAUGGCUGUGGGCUGCCUUUCCCCUCGCUCUGUGUACUGGCGCGCAGUACAGUUUGAGCGCGAGAAUGGCAAGGACAGUGAUAGGCGCUUCGACCAUGUCCAGAAAUUCAUCUUCCAGCUGUGCUGGCGAGACUACUUCCACUUCUACUGUGCCCACUUUGGCCGGAGGGUCUUCUUCCUCUCAGGCCCAGCACGACGAGCGCGCUCUUGGAGGAGGGAUGCGGCCACUGAGCAGAGCUGGAAGCAGGGAAGGACAGGCGUGCCCUUGGUGGAUGCACUCAUGAGGGAGUUGGCCGCAACUGGUUUCAUGGCCAAUCGAGGCCGCUACAUUGUUGCGUCAUACCUGAUACACUACCUCAACAUCGAUUGGCGAGUAGGUGCUGACUGGUUUGAAAGCCUCCUCCUGGAUCACGACGUGUGCUCCAACUAUGGGGAAUGGGCAUCAAUGGCAAACAUUGCGGUCGAUCUUGGCGACAAGUAUCCUUUGGGCUUGAAGGGGCGUGGCCCCACGGGGGGUCGCCGGCCUGGCGCGCGCGGUGGUGGUGGCGAUCCCUGGGCCAAGGGUGUGGACCUUGGGGACACGGUCUUUGAUCCAUUUGAGCAGGCUCGCCAGUACGACCGCGAUGAAAGCGUUGGCUUCCGGAAUUGCGGUCCGCUCCUGCCGGCAGCAUCCAUGCUCAACCAAGAGGUCCCAGUGGCUACCCCUCGCCUUUGGCAGUGGAGCCCGUCCUCCUCAGCCGCCGCAGGGUGGCAGUUGGCACUAGUGAAGAGGCCAAGCCAAAGCGCCAGAUUCUCCUUCGCGAGGUGGCAGAGGCAGAACGGCCAAGCAAGGCUACAGAGCAGGCGGGUCCUGCUCGCCCAAUGCGUCGAUGGCAAGCAAAAGGCGCCAGGAACGUGGCUGCAUGACAUCGGCCCCAGCACCGCUUUUGUCCUGGGAUGUGGUCGUUAUUCUCCCGACUACAGCCUGGGACGCAUUUACGGCCUCAUUGCGGGCCGGGAUGCAUGUGCUUGCGUGGGGCCCACGAACAUGAGACUGACCUGCCACUUGGGUCUCGACAUUCCGGAGGGUUGCAGGAUAACUUGUGCUGGGGAGUCACGCAAGUGGAAGACUGGGAAGUGCAUUGUGUUCGACGAUUCGUAUGAGCAUGAGGUCGUUCAUGAAGGCAGCGAGCCACGAACUGUUCUGCUGGUCAACUUCUGGCAUCCUGAUAUCCCGCCCAGCAGGCACACUGUGGAGGACGACUGGAGCUCUCCCGUCGGCCUCAACCGCGAGGUGGUCCUAAGCCGCCACCAACGGUCAGCAUCCAACGCGUUGCUGCCCAAACUUCACACCGUGAACUUGAUGAGCCUGCAGACAGGCCUGGGGAGGAUCUUUUCUGGGCGUGAACUCGUGGAGCAGAUGGUUGCAGCCCUGCUGUGGGAAGCACCAAGGUUGCGGCAGAUGCAAUUGCCUCAGCACCUUUGCUUGCAUCCCCAGAAGCUGCAGAAGGCACUGAGACAGCAUGCUGGUCAAGCGGAUGUCUCGAGAGCUUUGUGUGGAUGGCUACCAGCAGACUCUACAUCUUCCAUGCAGACAGCCGAUUUGCUGGACGCGAUGGCCAUCCAGUCCCCACAGGACGCAUUCCUGGCGGGCCAGUUCGCGAGGAGUCUGACGCGGGUACGUCAGCUGAUCGCUGUUCGAACGCUGAGCUCGCAGGCAGAGAUCCGACGUGCCUGGGACGAACCGCUUGGGAAUGUGGAGGAGGUGCCAGCUCUGCCCCCGCUGCCCGCAAGCUGCAGCCACUCCAUCCUGAAGGCUUUUGCCGAUGGCUACUGCAACACUGAUGCUGUUGCGCCUCCGCGCGUCCAGGAGCUGCUGGUGAACGCUGAGGUGCUGGCGGGCGCCGGAUCGGCUCUUGCCCAGUUGGUCAGCGAGAUGCCAUGCUUGCGGUCCUUGCACCUUAUGAGCGGUGCAAACUUGUCGAAACCCGAAGGCAUGCCCCCAGAGAGCUUUCCAGUCGAGCACCGACAUGUUGGACAACAGGACCUGUCCUUGCUGACGAGAAUCGAGAUCGGAGGUGGCUUCUCCUUUGACUCUUUGAACUUGGCUGCAAUGCUGUGCAGCGCUAGCAACUUGCAGGUCUUGGACCUUGGCGGGUCUGAGUUUAGUGAUGCAGAUGCCCAGCUGUUGGCCGGAGCUAAAGUGGGACCGCUGCCGCAGCUUCACCUUCUCAGCUUCAGGAGUUGCAAGCUCCAGUCCCCAGCGGCCGCAGCUGCACUGGCACGGGCGGUGAACCACUUCGGGAGCGUCAAGCACAUCCGCAUGCAGGCCAAUCGCUGGCGCGUGGAGGCCCAUCGUAGCUUCGCAGAACACCUGGCCGAGCCCAGUGCCAAGGCCCUGAUCUCACUGGAGGCUGGCUACUGCCAGCACGGUCAGGCCUUCUCAUCUUUGAGCAUGUCCCCGGGAGAAAGAGGUGGAGGUCGCAGCACAAGUGCUGGCUGGCACGCAGCUUCUGCAAGCGCAGGUGCCCUGCCUGAAGCUCCAUUGGCCGAGGAUGCGGUGGAAGGCCAGAAUCCUGGGGAGUCCCGUUCUGACAAAUUGCACUUUCUCGCCCAGUUCGGGGUGGGGCUAUGGCUGUCUGCGAUGGCUGGUAGACUGGCGAACAGUCUGCAGGAGCUGAGGCUGGAGAGGCUCGAACUGGGCGUGGUGGCAUUGCAGAUUUUGAGGCGAAGGCUCAGAAACGGCACUGGCAUGGCUCUCCGUGUGCUUGCCUUCUCAGCAGGCUGCACGGGUCUGAGUGACAAGAAGGCUGGCGUUGAAUUGGCUUGGCUGCUGGCCAAAGUAACACCGCAUCUUCAGUGCUUGAUGCUAGCAGGGUCAGAUGCAUCGCCGUCACUGUUGCAAGGGAUGCUGGACGCCAUCUCAAGGCAUCCGCCGUCCAUCACCAGGCCUCCACUGCUUGCUGCUGAGAAGGGGCGGCCCGAGAUACGUCAUCUCUGCUGGAUCAGUGUGGAGAACGUUGAGACAUUUCUUCACGCAAAAAGUGCCGUCGCCAGUGACACCGCCUUCACAGCUGAAGAGUUUGUCAAGGCCUUUCGUGGCCACGGAUGCUUGACGUUCCAGGGCCUACGAUCCGAGUCAAAGAACACGGAGCUGAAGUCUGGCAGCGCAGCCGCUGGAAAGUCCAGGCAAAACCAAAAUCUGAAUAUGCACAGUGAAGCCACAGCCAUGGAAAGCGGGAGCGCAUGUUUGCCAGCACUUGGCGGCGUCGUCGCCGAGCUUCGCUACCAAAGGCUAGUUGCGGGAAAGAGGAUUGGCAGGUACAUCCAGGUGCCGGAUGGGGGUGAACUAGCGGACGAGCAUCAAGUGGCGUCUGUCUACAUCCGAGAUGCUCGGCGAGCUUUGAAAGCCUCACUGGACGAUAACGGCUUUGAAUUGCGAAGGCAAGCAACACAGUGCAUGAAUUUCUUUGACCCAGCAGCAGUUGCCUCAACCUACUACCCAGAGGUAGAAGCAAUUGUGAGAGAGGCCACCGGCUGCGCAAGCGUGAUAGUUUUUGAUCAUACAGUCCGCGAGACUGGGGCAGGCAGUCUCAAUGUGCUGUCUGACACGUCUCAAGCUGCUGCACCAGUGAUGAGGGUCCACACCGACUACACUCAUGAGUCGGCACCUCGAAGGGUGCAGGACCUGACAAGGGGAGAGAGUUAUACCGGAGUGUUGGUGAAGACCCGGCGCUUAGAUGUCCGCUUGCUGUGUGUGACGCAAACUCUGUCGACUUUUCGAAAGCAAUCAGGAGCGGCUCUUGAUGCCUCGGCUUCCGCCGCCACUGAAGCGGCAUCUUUGGGAGAAAACGCCCAAUUUCCGCAGGAGAAUGGCAGCUUGGCUGGCCAUGCGCAGCAGCUCCUCGACGCUGCCAAAGAUGAGGGCCCGGAAGCCAUGCAGAUGAUCAAAGCAGCCCUCCAAGAAGGUGUGGAAGCUUUGAACCACGAAGCAGAUCUGCAUCCGAUGGAGUUCAAGCAGUCGCUGAAGGACUUGGAGAAGAUCGAGCACAUGCUGAAGAUUCACUCCAUGGAGCACUUGUUCCAUUUCACGCUGGCCUGGGCGUCUGUGGCAGCCCCGCGCACACGCAACUGCCGGCUGAACGCCUUUCUGUAG